AUGGAAGAAGAAGAAGAGUGGCAGUUCGUUAAUACAGAAAUUCAAAAACACACCAUUCCGAAACCCACUGAAUAUCACAUUGGUUUGUUAAAAGAGGAAGGAGUUUGGAAGUGGGUAAAUGGACGACCACUGACAAUUGACAAGUGGCAAAAAAUAGAGCCAGAUUAUCGGCAGCCGUCUGGUGAUGGAGAUGUGGCGGUAAUGGCGAAGGAUUACCCUAAGUUCACACAAGGAUUGUUUAAUGACCUCGCAAAACAUAAAAAGAGACCAUUUAUAUGUGAAAUACCAAAAGGUAAGAGGAGUGAGCCAAAUUUAUGAGUAAGAAGUUUCUUGAGAAGUUGACCUUCUGUAUCUUAAUCUAAUGUAAUAUUCACAGAUUUCAGAUUUUCUCAAAACAGAAACCUGUGAGGACCCGUCCACACGUAUCCGGAUGUUUUCGGAAACAAAGAUCUUUCUUUCUUUUAGCCUUCAACCACCCACACAUAAACUGCCUUCAGUCUGGCACCAAAAACGCAAGUUUACAAAAACGUUCCCCAGAGUGAAAAUUUUUGAAAACGCCACCCUUACGUGUGGACGGACAAAUACAGAGGUUUUCCAACCUCGUUCCCAGGGUCUUCUCAUUUUCAAAUAUGGCGGCUACGAGAAUACCCAGAUACAUAUCAUACAUCAUAUACUUACUACUAGCAUUACGCAAUAUCUGGAAGGGAUGCUAUCAUACUUCCACUGUUUCAGCGCUUUCAAGCCGGGAAGGGCGAAAAAGACUCAAACACGCUACGUGUCGACGCGUACUUUUUUGAAAACGGAGAAAAUUUUUCCAAAAAUAUCCGAUCACAUGUAUAGAAAGGUCAAAGUUAGCCUUAUUAUUAAUUUAAAGUGUCAGGCUGGACAAUCGAGAUCUAAAAGGCCUUAAGUAUAAGAGAUUGCGUAUUUCCUAUUUUACUACAUAAUGAUUAUUUAUAAUUAUGCUGAUAAUCACAGGAGAUUAUUGCACAAUCAAGGCGGAGGUGGCAGUUUUGGUUCAAGACAGUUUGCUUAUUUCCGAUACGACCAUUCAAAACAUACAAUCCACGGUAAAAAGAUUAUUUUCCACCCUGGAAGCUAAGGAUCCAAGUGCGAUUUACAACUUUGCAUUUGCAAUGUACGCUGAGCGGCGGAAAAUGAGUCCUUUUGGUAGCAAGGAAGACACAAUCAUGUCCAAGGAUAAGGAAAUCAAAAGAUGCGCAGCUGAUCGAGAUCUUGGUAACAAAAACUUGUUGAAUCGUACCCUCAAUAAAAUGAUCAGUGACAGGUUUAUGAGACGCCCAAAAAAUACUGAAAAGGUAAGUGUCAAUUAC